UAUAAUAGUUAUAACAGGCGUUCUGCGUGAUAGCUUUCAAACCGUUGCUAAUUGAGUUAGCGGAAGGUGCUUGAUAAAUAAUUAUUAUUGGUCCAAAUGCAACAUCAAAUCUAAGGAAAAGUGCACAGUACCUCUAAUAAAGAGACGAGUCCCAGGUUGAAGUCACCUUCAUCCCUGGACAAGAUUAGAAAUGGAGGUGACAAAAGAGGGCCAGAAGAGCAAACGAGGCAGAUGAGGCAAACUUGCCUGCAGGCCUCAGGGAUGACGAGAGAGAUGGGAUGAGGGAAGUGGAACCUGAGAAGCUCACGAUCACUGCCCUCCCCAUGGCUGUUGCAGCAGAGGACCGGAUGGUCAUGCAAGAGGUCUCAGGACGAGUCGCGGUGAGUGCUCAUGAUGGACACUAAAUAAUGCCCGGGGCGGCCCCGCCGAGAAGCUCCCUGAUCUGGUCUAGAGUGCUGGGGAUGAGGAUGUUGUCCAUGGGGCAUUUGUUGAUUCCUCUGGUGUUACUGGCCACUGUUUCUCAUCUGCCCUGCAAGGGUCAGAAUCAAGUUCCAGCUCCCAGGAGACUUCGAUUCAAAGUGCUGAGCUCAAGCAAACUCUUGAUCACAUGGAAAGAGCCCAAAGGAGAUUUCGACAGCUACCUGUUCCUCUACAACAGCCUACCAGGUGGUCAACAAAAGGAGGUCGUCGUGUCCAAAACUGACAGCAAGGUGUUGAUCACCGACUAUGAUCCGUCCAGAGACUACGUGAUCAGCAUCACUGCCGUCAGUGGCAGUGAGCAGAGCAAACCCCUGCAGGGCCGACUGAAAGCUGAGAGAGGUGAAAGCGAUGGAAGAGACAGAACGCAGCCGCAGAGUCUCACCGAUUCAGUUUCACAGCCGGAAGAUGUCAACGAGAUCUCUGGAGUUGACCAGUUUGUGUGCCACACGGAGUCCAUAGCAGACAUCGUGAUCCUGGUGGACGGCUCGUGGAGCAUCGGUCGACUCAACUUCCGGCUGGUUCGCAUGUUCCUUGAGAACCUGGUCAAUGCCUUUGAUGUGGGGAUCGAGAAGACCAGAAUAGGUCUGGCCCAGUACAGCGGCGAUCCGAGGAUUGAGUGGCACCUGAAUGCUUUCACCACAAAAGAAGCUGUCAUUGAUGCUGUUAAGAAUCUCCCAUACAAAGGAGGAAACACUCUCACCGGACUUGCACUGACCUACAUUUUGGAGAACUGUUUCAAGCCUGAGUCUGGCGCUCGUGUUGGUGUACCCAAGAUAGGAAUCCUCAUCACGGAUGGGAAGUCUCAGGAUGAUGUGAUCCCGCCUGCAGAGAGCUUACGGAAUGCCGGCGUUGAGCUGUUUGCCAUCGGUGUCAAGAACGCUGAUGAGAACGAGCUGUACUCCAUUGCCUCAGAACCGGACCACACCCAUGUCUAUAACGUGGCCGACUUCAACAUCAUGAGCUCCAUCGUGGAGGGAUUGACCAGGACUGUGUGCGAGCAAGUGGAGCAGCAGGACAAGGACAUAAAGCACCACCAAAUACCACAACUGACUGGGCCGCCCGCAGACCUGCUGACAUCAGAGGUCACACCGCGAAGCUUUCGAGUGUCCUGGAGUCACGCGCCAGGAAGCGUCGAGAAAUACAGACUGGUUUAUUAUCCUGCGCAGGGAGGCGAGCCACAGGAGCUCGUCUUGGGCAGCCAUGAAUCUUCAGUGGUGCUGCAGCCUCUCAACUCUCUGACUGAAUAUCAGCUGGCUGUGUUUGCUGUGUACGCCAACGAGGCUAGUGAGGCGCUGAGAGGAACAGAAACAACACUGGCUCUCCCAACUGUGACGGGCCUGCAGUUGGUGGGCAUGACUCCGAGCUCCAUCACUGCCCAAUGGGACAGCGUGAAAGGAGCUUCUGGCUACAUGCUGUUGUAUGCGCCACUCACAGAUAACGGAGACUUGGAUGAGAAGGAGGUCAAAGUGUCAGACGCAGUCACCGAGCUAGAGUUGAGCGGACUCCUUCCCCGCACUGAGUACACCGUCACGGUCUACGCCUUGUAUGGAGAUGAAGCUAGCGAUCCCAUGACGAACCAGGCCACUACAUUGCCACUGAGUCCUCCCAAGAACCUGCAGUUCUCUGAUAUCACCCACAACUCGGCGCACAUCAGCUGGAACCCUCCGCCCCUCGGAGUGAAAGGUUACCGCAUCAUGUGGGUGAAGACAGACGGACUCGUGACGGAGGAGGUUGAAGUGGGCCCAGUGCACUCGUACGACCUCAGUGACCUGACGUCUCUGAUGGAGUACUCGGUGGCCAUCUUUGCUCUGUAUGACCAGGGCCAGUCUGAGCCACUCACCGAUGGAUUCACGACAAUUCCAGUUCCAGGUCCUCUUCAUUUUCGCUCCAGCAAUGUGGACACAGACAGCUUCCAGGUCAGCUGGGAACACUCAGCCGAUGACAUCAUCCUCUACAGACUCUCCUGGGCGCCAUUCAUGGGCGGUGACACCAAGGAGGUGGUCCUGAGUGGAAGUGAUAACAGAUAUGUCCUGACGGGUCUGAGUCCGUCCACCGAGUAUGAAGUCUUGCUGACAGCCGUGUUUAAGGAUGAAUCUGAGAGCGACACCGCCACAGUGGUAGAAACCACACUGGCGGCAACAACAACGAUCGCUACAACGCCCUUUGUGGCCCGGCAGGCUGUGAGGAACCUUCAGCUGACUGAUGAGACCACUGAGACCCUGGAGGCCUCGUGGGAGCUGGACGAUCCUUACGUGCAUGGCUUCCGAGUGUCCUACAAGAGCAUCAACAGAGAGCAGGGCCACGAAACUGUGAUAGUUCCUGCUGGUCAGAGGAGGAAAGUCCUGCAGUCGCUGCAAUCAGACACUCAGUACAAAGUGACUGUCACUCCUGUGUACGCCGAUGGACAAGAGGGCAUCAGCGUGUCUGCGCUGGGCACCACACUGCCUCUCUUGUCUCCUGAAAACCUCCGAGUGUCAGAGGAGUGGUACAAUCGUUUCAGAGUCACCUGGGACCCCCCCCACUCACCCACGUUGGGCUACAGGAUUGUCUACCAGCCCAUCUAUGUUCCAGGGCCGGUUUUGGAAACAACAGCAGGCGACAAUAUGAACUCUGUGCUGCUCCUCAAUCUACUGAGUGGGACCGAGUACAGUGUUCAAGUGUCUGCCUCAUACUCAGCCGGCUCGAGUGGACCCCUGCUGGUGAACGCCAAGACAUUGUUCCUCGGCGUCUCUGGACUGGCGACCUACCAAGUCCGCCCCAACAGCAUGUGCGUGCAGUGGCAGCCUCUCCUGCACGCCACGUUAUACAGAGUCUCCAUACAGUCUUCCCUCAAUGGACAGAGACAGGAAGUGAGUGUGGGAGGCGGAGCUUCACGGCAAUGCUUCUAUGACCUGACUCCAAGCAGCCAGUACCAGAUCACCAUUCACACCCAGAUGCAGGAGAUGGAAGGCCCUCCGGUGUCUGUCACUGACAUGACACUGCCAGCACCUACUCAAGCUCCGACUGAACCUCCAGCGACAGAACCUCCUCCCACCCUCCCCCCUGCUAAAGAAGUGUGUAAAGAGGCCAAGGCUGACUUGGCGUUCCUGGUGGAUGGCUCCUGGUCUAUUGGUGAUGACAACUUCAUGAAAAUCACCAACUUCCUCCACAGUACCAUGGGCUCCUUGGAUCUCGUUGGACCGGAUGGUACCCAGGUGGCCAUUGUUCAGUUCAGCGACGACGCUCGGACAGAAUUCCAGCUGAGUUCCCAUGGAAACAAGGAAGCCCUGCUGGAAGCCAUCCAGAAGAUUCGAUACAAAGGAGGAAACACCAAGACAGGUCGGGCGAUCAAGCAUGUGCAGGAGUCGAUCUUUACUCAAGACGCUGGAGCCAGGCGAGGCGUCCCCAAAGUUCUCGUGGUUCUGACUGAUGGUCGAUCACAAGAUGAUGUCAACAAAGUGUCCAAGGAAAUGCAAAUGGAGGGCUACGUCAUCUUUGCCAUCGGAUUCGCCGACGCAGAUUAUGGUGAACUGGUGAACAUAGCCAGCAAGCCCAGCGACCGUCAUGUGUUCUUUGUAGAUGAUCUAGAUGCUGUGAAGAAAAUAGAGGAGCAGCUCAUCACCUUUGUCUGUGAAGCUGCGACUGCCACUUGUCCGUCUGUUUUAAUGAGCGGCUACACAAUGGCAGGUUUUCGGAUGAUGGAGAAGUUUGGGCUUGUGGAGAAAGAGUACAGCAUGAUCCCGGGAGUGUCUCUGGAGCCAGGCUCGUUCAACAGCUACCCCUGCUACAGGCUGCACCGGGAUGCUCUGGUGUCACAGCCCACCAAGUAUCUCCAUCCAGAAGGUUUGCCCUCCGACUACACCAUAUCCAUGAUGCUGCGCCUGCUUUCUGAGACUCCACAGGAGCCAUUUGCAUUGUGGGAAAUCCUCAGCAAACACAAUGUGCCGUUGGUUGGACUGAUUCUGGACAACUCAGAAAAGACUCUGAAUUUCUUCAAUCAUGACUACAAAGGAGAAUUUCAGACCGUCUCUUUUGAUGGACCCAAAAUCCAGAAGAUCUUCCACGGCAGUUUCCACAAGCUCCACGUGACCGUCAGCAAGACGUCUGUGAAGGUGGUGUUGGACUGCGCCGUGGUUGGAGAGAAGGCCAUCAGUGCCGCCGGAAACAUCACCACAGAUGGCGUGGAGAUCCUGGGUCGCUUGCAGCGCUCCAGAGGGAGACGAGAUAAUUCUGCUCCGUUCCAGCUCCAGAUGUUUGAUAUCAUCUGCAGUACGUCGUGGGCCAGCAGAGACAAGUGCUGCGAGCUACCAGCCUUGCGUGUGGAGGAGCAGUGUCCGUCACUGCCUCAUUCCUGCACAUGUUCCCAGGACAGCAAAGGACCGCCUGGACCAUCCGGACCCCCUGGCGGCCCGGGCAUUAGAGGAGCCAGAGGAGACAGGGGGGAGCCGGGAGUCACGGGCCCUCAAGGAGCCGUGGGUGAGAUUGGCCCCUCUGGACCACCGGGGCCACCUGGUCCUCAGGGCCCAAGUGGACUCUCCAUUCAAGGGCCGCCGGGUCCGGCGGGAGAGAAGGGCGACAGUGGAGAUAUCGGGCCAGCCGGGCCGAUGGGUGUUCCAGGAAGCCCGGGGUCCCCCGGUCGAGACGGCCCCCCAGGAGCCAGGGGUUUGCCUGGUAACACUGGACCACAGGGGCGCCAGGGACCAAGCGGACCUGCUGGAGCCCCAGGAGCCCCUGGACCACAGGGACCGAGUGGACCCGCGGGCUCCCAGGGAGAUCAGGGACUUCCUGGUCCUGCUGGUACCAAAGGAGAUAAGGGAGAAAGAGGGGAUCUCCAGUCCCAGAUGGCCGUGCGGACGAUCGCUCGACAAGUGUGUGAGCAGCUCAUCCAGAGCCACCUGUCCCGCUACAGCUCCAUCCUGAACCAGAUCCCAGUCCAGUCCUCCACUUCAGUCCGAACAGUGCCAGGACCACCUGGAGAGCCGGGGAGAAGAGGCCCCCCGGGAGCUCAGGGAGAGCAAGGCUCACCCGGCCGGCCGGGGUUUCCCGGUACCAACGGCCAGAGCGGACGACCCGGAGAAAGAGGUCUGCCGGGGGAGAAAGGAGAGCGAGGGAGUGCAGGGGUGGGACAGCAGGGGCCUCGAGGACCACCCGGACCUCCAGGGUCGCCAGGUGAAGGAAGGGCAGGCAGCCAGGGGCCGACCGGUCGCCCUGGUAACCCUGGGACGCCAGGAAGACCAGGGAACCCCGGCUCCACCGGGCCUGCCGGAGCUCCAGGGUACUGUGACCAGAACUCUUGUAUGGGAUACAAUGUUGGAGUUCGACGGGAUUAUGGGAAUGAUUACUGAGCGCCCUCCUCCACUCGCCCUCCUCACAUGACGCCGCGUGGUUUUUUGUUUUUUGGGAUGGAUAAUCGUUGUCAACCCUGAGCAGCUCUGACUCACGGGAUGUUGAACUGACUCACAACUGACUCUGGAAGAGAGAAGAUCCUCCUUCACUUCUGCUUUCACAAUAACUUUUUGGUUUUUCAGUUUUUCUGAAUAAAUCAGAUGUAAAAACUUCAGUCAGGAGGACUGGAGGCUUUAGACUUUGUGCCACAAGGAAAGGGACACAUUUGAUCUUUUAAAACUGAAAUGGCUACAACGUAUUUAUUUUUCAAAACUUUGUAGAUUUUAAUCAUGCAGGUAAAAAGACUUUGUUGUUGAAGGAAAAAUGGCUUUAAAAGCCUCAAAUAUGUGUGUAUAUAUUUUUGUAUUUUUUUUAAAUGACAUAACCUAAUUCUUUCUUGGAAUUACAUCAUGUUUCAUUCUACAUUUAACAUUCAGUUCAGCUCCAUUUUACAAAUAAUUUAGUCAAAUCAUUUCAACUGCAGAUUCUUAUUAAAAUAAUGUUUUUCAUACAAUCUAUUGUUCAAAUCUCACUUGCAUGUGUUGCUCAUUCUGAGGAACAUUUCUAAUCAGAGCCUCGAUUGAUCUCAGUAAAUAGAACCUUCCCUUCUUCAUGACGAAUAAACAGCUCCAAAAAGAAGCUGUUUAUUUCCUGCAAACGUCUCAUUUAUUCAGAAAAACGGACUUCAUUUUCCUUAACUCGCCCCAAGUGGAAAGUCUCCGGCCCCCUCUCACCCAGUCGCCUGAUUCUGAAGAAGCUUUGGUGCAGCAGGAAGUUUCUCUGAAUCACGACUAACUUUCACUAACCUGGGCGAGCAGUUGCAUGACUCUUCAGCGGCUCCUGACCGACGGCGGUGGACGUCUUCCUCACGCACUGACCGCGACUCUUCCCGUCCCAGUCCGACCUCUGCCGCACGGCGGCUACCAGCCCUACAACCCGCCGUACAACAACGACCAGGGAGGCGAGGAGGAGGAUGAGGAAGAGGACCCCUACUACCGGGGCUACCCGCCGCAGCAGCAUCACGGUCGGCAGGCUUACCGCUCAGGGCCCGCCCACUCUGAAGACGUGGAGCUGCGGUCGCCGGGAGUGGUCCGGAGGUUUUCCCGCGACGUGGUUGUCAUGGAUCAGAGCGAGGACGCGGAACAGAGGCGCGUCUGAGCGCCGCACUCUGAACUGAACUGAACCAUGAGACUGUGGUGAGGCUCCGCCCACUGACGUGUAAAUAACGUGUACCAUAUUUCUGGAUUCCAGUGGGGAGAAUCCCAAAAGUGCCUGAUCUAUGUUUAAUGGUGUUCUGUGGUGUCCCUGGUGUCUCCGGGUCACGUUCCUGUCAAGCUGCAUGUCUCCAGAACAUCUCACGUCGCCGUUUACACUUCCAACCAGGUUAACCAGCUCCGUCAGCCCCAGAGAUUCGGAGUAGAGCCUCAGUGUCCUUCUGCACAGAUUUGGAUUCAGAUGUUUUUUCAGCUCCACUUUGGCUGAAGAGCCCACCAGGAUCUGACCCUGGCUCAGCUCUCAGUGGCCCCGAGAGCAUGGACUACCAUGCGCAGCAGAGGCUCCACUCCGAGGCUCUGACAGAUGACGGACUUUUGUUCCACUGACACAACCAUUUUCAGAUGAUAGAGAUAAACAAGAGAAAAAAACUGCAGGUUUCUGACCAGAGGUCGGGACCCAGGCAGCGACGCUCUCUCUCUCUUCAACACAGUCUCGCGGCCACAUGAACCUAUUUAUUUGUCUGCUGCUUUUAUAACCAAUAAAUCUGUUCUGAGACGAGGCAGGCGUGACCUCUGAGGACCUCCUCCAGGAACGCUCCACAAGUUCAUUUCCAUCAACACAGCCACGGCGCUGGACCCACGCUUCAGAUGGAUGUGUUGACAGUUGCCAUGGUGAUACCGCACACAUGACCUCCGCUGCCGGCCGGUCAUCUCCCCGGUGCGGCUUCAUUUCAUGCGGUAGUCUUCAGGUCUGAGGAGGAGAGGAGACGCCAGAGAUCAGAGCCAACAUGCAGGAAGUGACGGCUGAGCAGCCCAACUGAUCCAAUCUUGGUUCAGAAAAUGAAAACACGCCACACUCUGGCUGCAACGCUUCACUUUCAUUUCAGGCAGAUUAGCGCCGCAGAUACCAUCACGCUCUGAUGCUGCGCUGGCAGGAGAAAACAAUCAUCAGCCAUUACAACUCUAACGGCUCCUUUGGAAGCACAUCCCAUAAUCCUCUCUGGUCUGGCAUGAGCGUCAACCCUUUGAAGAGAGUCAUGUGACCUCUAUUGACCCCUGUGAAGGUUGACCUUCCAACAGAAGCUGCUGAUGAAAUGAAGCAACGUGAA